UGCUCUGAACUUCACAGCUCUUUGACUUUAGAGCUGGACCGGCAGUUCGCUUGACCAAGCUUUUCAUAUUACAGAUCAAAAUUUUUUUUGUUUGUUUUUUGUUGUUUUAAUGAACAUCGUGACGGCUCAGAAUCUGAUACACAUCUACCGUCAUCUUUUCUUUGUGGUCUUCUUUAAAGGUGUUUUAUCUGCAUCUGAUCAGCCUAAGCAGGUUGUGGCCUUUGCUGGCGGAAAUGCCAUCCUACCCUGCAGCAUGAAAAUCCCUGAUAGCUACGACAUUCCAACGGUAGAAUGGUCCAAGGAAGGCCUCAAGCCAGAUGUGGUCUACUUGUAUCGCGAAGGCUGUGAGACCUUUGAGAUGAAGAAUCUAGACUUUGAGUACCGCACAAACCUUUUCGUGAGAGAGGUGAAAAACGGGAACGUCUCCUUAAGGAUCUCGGGCGUGCAGCCGUCGGACGCUGGGACAUAUCAGUGCUUGAAAAUAUGGAAGAACAGCCCCAGGGAGUCGACAAAAGUGAACCUGGUUGUUGUUGCAUCCUCUGAUCCGAAGCUUGCGGUGGUUGCUGUGGACAGUAGAGGAGUGACUGUGGAGUGCGAGGCAAGGUGCUGGCUGCCACCACCACUGAUGAGGAUUCUGGAUGAUAAGGAAAACAACCUCACUGAUGAAAAGCCAGAAACGGAAAAGACCGAUAGAGGAUGUCACAACAUGAAGCUAACAGUCAUCCUCCAGAGUCCCGUAAGCAGGUAA